UUCUGUUGGUAACAGGAGGUACAGCAGAGCCAAAACUGAAAGUCAUGCACAAAGGAGGAAAAUCAUAACUCGGAACCAACGUUUCCUCCCUGUGGAGCCAAGAAGACAGGGACAUGACCGGAGCUUGAGGGGCGGAACGCUUUCAGAAAGGAAGGGUCCAUCAUCCUGGAAGAUCUGGUGCUGAAACCUGCCAUUCCACACCUUACCAUAAAUGGCCAAGUUGAAAGCCCUCCUAUCGAAACCAGUCCGCCAGCACGUCUGUGUGCCAACCUGUCCUCCCUAACCCAUCGAGUUUGACCUAAGCCCACAUGUGGGAGACACAUUUGAGCCGUGCCUCCGGUCUCCUUGGCCGUCGACCUUGAAAUAAUAAAGCCUUCUCUUUUCUCAAAAACUGGUGCUAUAGUAUUGGCUUCUACUGCGCCAGGCAACGGGCCCAUUGCUCGAAACGCGCGUGGUGGAUGGAAGCUCCGUGAAGUGCGAACCCCUGCCCGCAAGGGCUGCUGUUAAGUUCGCUGAAGAGUAGCACAUACUUGGCGUUUGCCUGGUGCGUGGCAAUUACGGAAUUAUCGCCACAUCCUCCCGGCCUCCGCUUCCAACAGCGCGGGCCAGGCACUCGCUUCAAGCCCACUCCCCAACCUUAAGCCUUCCCCGCCGCCCCCCCGCAGCCCCCAGCUCCGCCCUGUGGAGAAGCCUCUUGAGAGUCUGGGCCCGGCCAUGCGCCCAAUGGACUACGCGGACCUGACCUUCGGGAGUGGGGCCAGCGGAAGGUGGACUAGGCGCCAGCCUUCCCCUCCCCUGACACCGCUCCAAACCAGCCCCACCCUCCCUACCGCGGCUGUCAGGUCCUGGGCUGUGCCCGAAGCCUCCACACGGGUGUGGCCCGCCCCUCUCCCCCAGGUGCGCGGUGUAAACACACCAAAAAGCAAACACCAGGGCGAGUGGGCGACGGAGGCGUUCGCUGUUCAGUGACGCCCCCUGUCGGGAGCACGCCGGGCCGGACACAACGAAGAGGGGCUGCGCCGCGCACCUCGCAGCACUCGGCCUCCUAAAUGGGAGGAAUAACCUCACGCAAGUCAUCAAACAAGAGGACUUCAGUGUCGCAACGAAGGAAGAGAAAGGGCCCCUGAGAAGGCGACAUUCGCACUGCAGCGGCGCAGGGACCAGCCAGGCGGCUGAGGGCAAGGUCGUUCCCAGCAGCGGGAACCGCAAGGGCAAAGACUCGGAGGGGGGAACCAGCUCGAGUUCCAGGACGGCCGAAGCCAGCGCAAGUCGAGGAGGGACUGCGGGGCCAGUAGGGGUGUCCUCCACAGGGCGACGGCGGCAGGAGCUCGGGAACCGGGACUGCCAACGGCCAAGGCUCGGCUGUGGGCUGUAGACUCCGCGCCCGGAAGUGCGGCCAGGGAGCCGGCCGGGCCCAUUGCCCAGAGCUGUUCGGCCCCUCUAGGGAUCGCGGAGGUCUGGCUCUCAGUGGCUCCUGAGAGCUCCCUGCAGUCGGUCACCGAGGAAGGCUUCGGGCGGGCAGGCGGGCCAAAUGACGUAAACAUGCGUUGCCUUCCAGGAUUGGCGAACUCGGCUGUGGGGGCGGGAACUGAGGGGCAGGAGCCCCCAGGGAUUGGCGGCUGCGCAGACGGGGCGGGGCAGCCCUUUGUCUGAAGGUGCUGCAGGAUGCCGUUCCUUCGCGCGUGAGGCUGCGGCGCUGACGAGUCUCAGCUGAGAUGAUCUCAGCUCACUGCAGCCUCCGCCUCCUGGGUUCAAGUGAUUCUCCUGCCUUAGCCUCCUGAGUAGUUGGGAUUACAGGCACCCGCCACCACACCCAGCUGAUUUUUGUUUUUGUUUUCGUUUUUGUUUUGAGAUGGAGUUUUGCUCUUGGUUGCCCAGGCUGGAGUGCAAUGGUGUGAUCUUGGCUCAUCACAACCUCCAUCUCCCGAGUUCAAGCAAUUCUCUUGCCUCAGCCUCCUGAGUAGCUGGGACUACAGGCAUGCACCACCACACCUGGCUAAUUUUGUGUUUUUAGUAGAGACGGGGUUUCCCCAUGUUGGUCGUGGCUGGUCUCGAACUCCCAACCUCGGAUGAUCCACCUGCCUCGGCCUCCCAAAGUGCUGGGAUUACAGGCGUAAGCCACUGCACCCGGCCUGAUUUUUGUAUUUUUAGUAGAGACGGGGUUUCAACAUGUUGGCCAGGCUGGUCUCAAACUCCUGACCUCAGGUGAUGUGCCUGCCUCGCCCUCCCAAAGUGCUGAGAUUACAGCCCCACAGGCUCCUUCAAUUUCCGUGAUCCUCAGAGGCCCCAGGAGACCAGGUGAUGGCAGCAGCCAGGCUCCUGCCAGUGCCGGCAGGACCCCAGGCCAAGUUGACCUUCGAGGAUGUGGCUGUGCUCCUCUCCCAGGAUGAAUGGGACCGCCUGUGCCCUGCUCAGAGGGGCCUCUACAGAAAUGUGAUGAUGGAAACCUAUGGGAAUGUAGUCUCAUUGGGACUUCCAGGAUCCAAGCCUGACAUAAUCUCCCAGCUGGAGCGAGGGGAAGAUCCCUGGGUCCUGGACAGGAAGGGGGCUAAGAAGAGCCAGGGCCUGUGGAGUGACUACUCAGACAACCUCAAAUAUGACCACACUACAGCCUGUACACAACAAGACAGUUUAUCUUGUCCAUGGGAAUGUGAAACCAAGGGAGAGAGUCAAAAUACAGACUUCAGUCCGAAGCCAUUAAUUUCAGAGCAAACAUUGAUUCUGGGGAAAACACCCUUGGGGAGGAUUGAUCAAGAAAAUAAUGAAACAAAGCGAAGCUUCUGUCUGAGUCCAAACUCUGUUGACCACCAUGAAGUUCAGGUCUUAAGCCAAAGCAUGCCACUCACUCCGCACCAGGCAGUGCCUAGUGGAGAGAGGCCCUACAUGUGUGUUGAGUGUGGGAAGUGCUUUGGCCGGAGUUCCCACCUCCUUCAGCAUCAGCGUAUCCACACUGGAGAGAAGCCCUAUGUGUGCAGUGUAUGUGGGAAGGCCUUCAGCCAGAGCUCAGUCCUUAGUAAACACAGGAGAAUUCACACAGGUGAGAAGCCCUAUGAGUGUAAUGAGUGUGGAAAAGCCUUUAGAGUGAGCUCAGAUCUUGCUCAGCAUCACAAGAUACAUACAGGAGAGAAGCCUCACGAAUGUCUUGAGUGUCGGAAAGCCUUCACUCAACUCUCGCAUCUCAUUCAGCACCAGCGGAUCCACACGGGAGAAAGGCCGUAUGUGUGUCCGUUGUGUGGGAAAGCCUUCAACCAUAGCACUGUUCUGCGGAGCCACCAGAGGGUACACACUGGGGAGAAGCCUCACAGGUGCAAUGAGUGUGGGAAAACCUUCAGUGUGAAGAGGACACUGCUGCAGCACCAGAGGAUCCACACCGGGGAGAAGCCCUACACGUGCAGCGAGUGUGGGAAGGCCUUCAGCGACCGCUCAGUCCUCAUUCAGCACCACAACGUGCACACUGGGGAGAAGCCCUAUGAGUGCAGUGAGUGUGGGAAGACCUUCAGCCACCGCUCCACACUGAUGAAUCACGAGCGGAUCCACACCGAGGAAAAGCCCUAUGCAUGCUACGAAUGUGGGAAGGCCUUCGUUCAACACUCACACCUGAUCCAGCACCAGAGAGUCCACACUGGGGAGAAGCCCUAUGUGUGUGGUGAAUGUGGGCACGCCUUCAGUGCACGCCGGUCUCUGAUCCAGCAUGAGAGAAUCCACACAGGUGAAAAGCCCUUCCAGUGCACAGAAUGUGGCAAAGCCUUCAGCCUGAAAGCAACUCUGAUUGUGCACCUGAGGACCCACACGGGCGAGAAGCCCUAUGAAUGCAAUAGCUGUGGGAAGGCCUUCAGCCAGUACUCAGUGCUCAUCCAGCACCAGCGGAUCCACACAGGUGAGAAGCCCUACGAGUGUGGGGAGUGUGGGCGUGCCUUCAACCAGCAUGGCCACCUAAUCCAGCACCAGAAAGUGCACAGAAAGUUGUGACCCAUGGCUGACACAAGAAUCCAUUCUCACAGAAACUGCAUGUGGAACCACAAGCAGCCUUCAGCCCAAGAGAAGUCUCUGCUAACUCUGUAGGAAGCCUUUCUUUGGCGAUUCACUGUCUCAAAAUAACUCCAGAAAGAAGCACUUAGCAUGCUGUUCCUGUGGAAAAACUUCAGAGACUACCUGUUUUAUUUUCCUCAACAUCUUGAAGUUAUAUUGGAGAGUAAUCAUAAAAUUGUAGAGAAUUUUGGUAAAAACAGCCAUAAUUCUUUCUUUAACAUUAGUUUAUUUGAACUAAGGGAAUUUAAGGCAUAAGAACUUUUAUCCCAAUAAAAUCUUACAUUCCAAAUAAAGUUCUUUUUCUAAGAACA